ACCCGCAGUUGUCAGAAACGACACAGUAGUGGUUGUGACACCGCAGCUACACACCGGUCCGGGACGCCCGCGGAGACAACGACUCCGGGGGGUGCCGGAUGUGCCGAGCGCCCCCUGGCUGUGGCCAUGAGUAACAGCCACCCUCUGCGGCCGCUGGCCUCGGUGUCGGAGAUCGACCAUGUGCACCUGCUGUCGGAGCAGCUCGGGGCGCUGGUGCCGGGAGAGGAGUACAGCGACGUCACCUUCAUCGUGGAGGAGAAGAAAUUCCCUGCACACAGAGUCAUUCUGGCUGCGCGCUGCCACUACUUCAGGGCCCUGCUGUAUGGAGGGAUGAAGGAGUCCCAGCCUCAGGCAGAGGUGUGUCUGGAGGAGACGCGGGCCGAGUCCUUCUCCAUGCUCCUGCAGUACCUGUACACGGGCCGGGCCAGCCUGAGCUCGGCCCGCGAGGAAGUGCUGCUGGACUUCCUGGGACUGGCGCACCGCUACGGCCUCCAGCCACUAGAGGACUCCACCUCGGAGUUCCUGCGCACAGUGCUGAGCACCCACAACGUGUGCCUGGUAUUUGAUGUGGCCAACCUGUACUGCCUGCAGGCACUCAGUGCCGCCUGCUGCUCCUACAUUGACCGCCACGCCCCGGAAGUGCUUGCCAGCGAUGGUUUCCUGUCCCUCUCCAAGUCGGCCCUGCUCACCGUGGUCCGCAGAGACUCCUUCGCGGCUCCAGAGAGGGAGAUAUUCCAGGCGCUGUGCCGCUGGUGUCAGCAGAACAGAGAGGAGAACGCGGCGGAGGUGAUGGGGGCGGUGCGCCUGCCCCUCAUGAGCCUGACGGAGCUGCUGAAUGUGGUGCGUCCCUCUGGCCUGCUGUCCCCCGACGCCCUGCUGGACGCCAUCAAGACCCGCUCUGAGAGCCGUGACAUGGACCUCAGCUACCGCGGCAUGACAGUCCCAGAGGAAAAUAUUGCAACGAUGAAACAUGGUGCUCAGGUAGUGAAGGGGGAGAUGAAGUCGGCGCUGCUGGAUGGCGACACACAGAACUACGAUCUGGACCAUGGCUUCUCUCGCCACCCCAUCGAGGAUGACUGCCGAUCCGACAUCGAGGUCAAGCUGGGCCAGCCCUCCAUCAUCAACCACAUCCGCAUCCUGCUGUGGGACCGUGACAGCCGGUCAUAUUCCUACUAUAUCGAGGUGUCGAUGGACGAGCUGGACUGGGUGCGCGUGGUCGACCAUUCGAAGUAUCUGUGUCGCUCCUGGCAGAGCCUUUAUUUCCCUGCCAGAGUCUGCAGGUAUGUGCGCAUCGUUGGGACACACAACACAGUGAACAAGGUGUUCCACCUGGUGGCCUUUGAGUGCAUGUUCACCCAGCAGAGCUUCACCCUGGAUCAGGGGCUGCUAGUGCCCAGUGAGAAUGUGGCGACCAUCGCCGCCUGCGCCAGUGUGAUCGAGGGUGUGAGCCGCAGCCGGAACGCUCUGCUGAACGGCGACACCCGGAACUACGACUGGGACUCGGGGUACACCUGCCACCAGCUGGGCUCCGGCGCCAUCGUGAUCCAGCUGGCCCAGCCCUACAUGAUCAGCUCCAUGAGGUUGUUACUGUGGGACUGUGACGACCGCAGCUAUAGCUACUACAUUGAGGUCUCCACCAACCAGCAGCUGUGGACAAAAGUGGUGGAUCGGACAAAAGUGGCCUGCAGGUCCUGGCAGACGCUGACCUUUGAUAAACACCCAGCCUCCUUCGUUCGCAUUGUGGGGACUCACAACACUGCCAACGAGGUGUUCCACUGUGUGCACUUUGAGUGUCCAGCCCAGCUCGACGUGGAGGUGAAGGAAGGCAGUCCUGGGCAGAGCUCACCUGAGUCGGGCUCCAGCUCCCAAGAACCGCAGCAGUCCCGCCCCCCCAGGCCCUCGCGGGCUCAGAAUCUCCUACUGGCUCCUCCCUCCUCCCCAGGCUCCUGGACGCAAUCCCAGCACUGAGCGUCGUGGACACACGGACUCUGGAAAACAUGAAGGCCGCUUCUGCAGCACACGUCUGGCCACAGUGUUGUUCGUCCUGGCCUCAGCCUGGGACUCACGGACUCCAGAAAGCACCGCCGCGUGCUCCUGGAUUCCCAAACUGCUUUCCCGGUUCUGUGUAAAAUCAGGCCGUGUCUCAAUCCAGUGACUCACUGCGUGUGGCUGAGCUGUACAGUAACCGUGCUUGUCUGAAUGUAUAUAUGCUCCAGGCUAACACACUGAUUCCUGUGUUAUAGAAAGAAUGUGAACUCAGGCCUGCUGGUACUUAAUCCAGUCCUUGCUGCACAACGCGUGCAAUAAAACACAUGCAGACGCGUGUUUCUCUCUUGUGAA